CAUUGAUUACUCAAAGUCAUUUUUUAUUUAUGUUAACCAUUAGUCCAUUACCAAUGGUUGCAAUGAGCGGUUAAUCAAAAUCGUUAAAGGACAAUUAAAAUGGUGGAGUCGUCACCGUCGUGGUUAAUACCCGGCUUGACGGACGACGUGGCGGAGCGCUGCCUCUCGCGAAUCCCGCGAUAUGACUUUCGAAUCAUUUCUCAGGUCUGCCGGCGAUGGAGGACGUUCCUCAGGAGCGAGCAUUUCUCAGCCGUUCGAAAGUUGACCGGACCGGUGGAGGAGUUCAUGUGUGUUCUGAUGAAAAGCAAGUCCCCAGAAGACGGCAGCAGGUGGGUAGAAUACUUGUACGGGGAAGUUUACGACGCCUCCGGAAACAAUCUGGGACAGAUCCCCAGCGUCCCUGGGCCUUUGAAGUCCCAAUUCGGCGUCGCGGUGCUCGGCGGCGGAAAGAUCGUGCUCGUCGGUGGAUACGCGGAGGUUGAAGGAUUUCCGAUCGAUGGGACCACCCGUAUCUCUGCUUCGGCCGAUGCUUACGAGUUCGAUCCUGCUACGAACAGCUGGAGGAAACUGGCGGGUAUGAACGUGCCACGUCGCGAGUUUGCGUUUGCUGUAGUGGGCGGCCUUUUGUAUGUGAUACGAGGCUUUUCGUCGGAUGGUGAAUGCCUUCAAAGCUCGGAAGUGUACGACCCGGAAACUAACCAUUGGAGCCUCAUGGAUGAUUGUCCAGACUGCCCCGACUUUCAUCGUGCAUUCGCAUUCUCCUUCAAGUCCAAACUCUUCGUUGUAGGCAAUGAAUCGAGGUUCAUUGACAUAUAUGACCCCAGAACUGAGACAUGGAAAGAGUUAGACUCGGGGCAAUCACUUUCGGUGUACUCCUACACUGUUGUUAGGAACAAAGUGUAUUUCUCUGACCAUAACAGUGACUAUAAAAAGCCGGAACUAGGAGUGUUUGAUCCAGAGGAGAAUUCUUGGAGCUCAGUGUCUGUGCCUCGGUGCCCGGGUGCUUACUGGUGUAAAGUAGGGGAAUGGAACAAUAAGGUUAUACUGGUUUCACCGCUCGGGGGACGUACCUUAAUUCGUGACCUUGAUAAAGAGAACGCGUCCAAGUGGAGAGACACACACAUUAAACCAUCUGGUUCUAACCCGACCAUCGUUCUCAUCAACUUCUGAUUUCCCCCAUUUGGCUUCAUUUGUGCUUUGGUCCUCAACUUCGUCAAUGGUUUCUAUAUUUAUAGUGUCUAUGCCUACUAAACUUGUGUAAACAUGUUUUCACAGAUUGUUUUGCAUGGCUUUGUUUCUGAAGCA